UGUUGCCUUAGGAAUUUGUGGACAUUAAUGCUUGGUGCCUCUAUUGGGGAGAACAGGCUAUAUGUGAGGGUUCAGGUUCAGGGUCCGGUUUUUCUUCAAAUAAAUUGACAGACUUCCUUGGUUUAGAAAUUGGUGUAACGUUUAUUGGAUUGUUUAACAAAUAACCUGUGUCAACAAAGGUAUUCAGACCGUCUCCUCCCUCUAACAACUGGUUAGAUGGGGCUUCCACUCUUCAACUUUAAAGGGGUUGCCCCCCUGAGUGUUCCAGGGUCCCGGCCAGUCCAGUGUAAAGUCUGAGUUCAGUAAUUGUCCUGUCUCCCCUUCCAGUAAGGGGACUGUGUCUUUGUCCCAGUCAUCUGUCCAGGCCUGGUCUCGUGAGGGGGAAUCUUCCGGCCAUACUUUUGUCUCUCGCUCUCCCCAAUAAGAGGGUUUAGGGGUACUCUCACUUCUCCUCCUUGUAUCCGUCUCCUCCUUUCAGACCCUUUAGUUUUUCUACCUUCCCCGUCCAGGGAUCUUCCAACCAGAUCCACUCCCAACCACCAGGCAGGCUUCCAUCCCCCCCCCUUUUAUAUCUACAAGCCUCACCUCUACCUUUACCUGAGGUCAGGUCACUGUUGAGAUUGCUCGUUCAUGGGGUCACUGUAAGUCAGAGCUAACUUGAUGGCACAUAACAACAAAGUAAUGCAGGUCCUUGGAAUAAUAUAUUCUAUGUAUUCAUGGAUGGAUGUAUCCAUGUAUGUACUUAAAGUAUUUGUAUUUCAGACAGUGGUCACUGACCAUAAUAAAGUUUAUAUCUAUAUAUUUUUGAGUGUGUGUGUGUGCAUUUGUGUCCCACUCAAUGUGACAUCUUGGGACAAAUAAGUCGCACAUAUUUCCCUGUUUGUUUUUCUGUUCCAUUGAAUUUUUGAGUUGGAAGGGGCCCAAUAAUAAGUUAGAAAAUGCAAAAAUAAUUGUAGGUUGGCCCUAACUGGGGAAAACUGAAAUUUACUUCAUGGGGGAAGGAACAGUGGAGUUUUCUGGGGCCAGAAAAUACCCAACGGUGCAAGGAACGGACUGCUUUAUUUUAUUUUAGUUUUUAGUUUAAACUCUGGUCAUUGUGUUUGGGUGGAACACACACAGUCCUGCACACACAAAAACCUAUUUGGUCAUGCCAAUUUUUAUUAGUGCUACCCUUUCUGAAGGCUUUCCUGAGCAUCAAUCCCAUUGUGCUUAACUGGAUUUCUUUCUAGGCAGGAAAGAUACCAGGCUGCAAGUAACUGUAAAUAAUAUCUCCUAAUUUAGAGUCUUAAUCACGACAAGUAUUUUUACAGGUAAAACUUCAGAUACCAAUGACUGAACGCUACACCCAGAUUUAUGAUUUUCCCGCUUAUUAAACAAGAGGGUCAGGCUGAUCAUUCAGGGACUGAAAGGGAAGGUGGGGGGGCAUGUGCCUGUUGAACGCCCCACGUCAACUCCCGGAGCGCCUUUUUACACCCACCAGCUUUUCACGCGAGGCCACACUAGCCAAAAAUGCCCCUAAGCGCGUGAGAGCGCCCUCAGCCUGAGGGGACGGGUGCCGUUACAACUCUCGUGGCUCCAGUGCGGACCUUCUAGGAGAAAAUACCAGCUCGCGCCCCAAAAGGAGGCACUGACAUACCGUUAAGUCCGUUGCAGCAACAGGGCACUCGCCCCCUGGGCAGGCCCGUUUCCGCUUUUCCCAGCUUCCCGCCUGGUACGACAUGACGCACCACGUUCCGAGAGUGACGCACUACGGCAAAUCUACGGCACGCCACUUGUGACCAAGAUCAUCACAAGCGGAGGAGGACGGCUCCCCCCGGGCCGAAAGCCCUACAGCAAAUGAGCUGAUAGUUUUGUUGCCACUGGACUUGAUACAGUAUUACCUUCAUUAAGGAUGGAUGCUGAAAAAAAUCAGAGGAAUUAUGAAGGUGAAGAGAAUGUACAGAAUGAAUUAGAAAAAGAACUUACUGAAAAUAGUCUAGCUGAAAAAACGGGCAGUGAACCUUUGUCUCCCCCCAAAAUAAAUACAUUUUUGACUGAAGAACAAAAAACCCAAGGGAACAGAGAUGAUGAGAACAGCAAAGCCAAACGACCACUAUCAGCAACUUCAGAACAGGACUUUAUUGAAACAAAUAUCCUUGAAAAUGAGCCUCUCUCAAAAAGGUUAAAGUUGACUGUGGCAAAAACUACAGAACAGAAUGAAGAAAGGCCAUCAAGUGCCACAAUGUGUGAAGAUUCUGUUGGGGAAACAAGUGAGCUUAUAGUGGGCGAAGCUGUUGGAGAAGUAUCUACAAAUGCUUGUCCUAGUAGUGGUGCAUUUAUUUCAAAUUCUUCAUGCAUGCAACAUGAUCCAAUGCCUGAGGGUGAUAGUACAACACAGGAUAUGCGUGUGGAAAUAGAACAUCUCCAAGAAGGUCCAGCUCUGCUUCCUGAAUGUACAUUAUCUUUCCCAGAUGAUGGAACCAGCAUUAGCUAUGUAGCCAGUAGUGCUGAAAAUAUUUCAAAAUGCAAAGACUGUGAGGAAAUGUUUGCUACUUAUCUUGAUUUAGAAAAGCAUAUUCAGGAAAACCACCUUGAAAAAUCCAAAGAGCCUAUGACCCCACAGAGUACUUACAUGCCAGAACCUUCUCCAUCUUUGGAAACACAUGUCAAGCAGACUGCUGGACAGCUUAAAUAUUUUUGUGAUCUCUGUGGUUUUCAGUCUUUUGAGGAAGAUCUCCUACAGACUCAUUUUCUUGGUAAGACACACCUCCGCCGGCAAAACCUUGCUGCCCGUGGUGGUUUUGUGAAGAUAUUGACAAAAAAGACCCUUCAUAAAAAACAGCAGUACUCAGUCAGAGAUAAGAAUAUGAGAACACAACCUGCACUUUACAAACCAAAGAUAAGGAAUCCACUUUCACAAUGCUUAAAAAAUUCAGGCAAUAGAAUGAAGAACUUGAAAACAAGCUGUCAAGUGGUUGUUAAAAUGGCACCAUCUAAAACAGUUUCUACAGGUACAUCAGAGAAUAUUGCCACUGAAGAAGUGGUUUUCUGCAAUGUGGAUGGAAGUGGAGAGGUCCAGACUGAAAAGUUAGAGGUUGCAGGAUCCUCAGGGAACAGCAGACAUGCACCAGAACUUUCUGAAGGUGGCCGGAUAACAGUAGGCAACUUAAGCACUAUGGAGAUAUUUGAUAGGCGCCACCAAAAAAGAAAUAUUUCAUCCCAAAUAACAACUUUCAGACAAAGUAGUUCUUUUAAAUUAAACCAGAAGAUUAAAAGGCGAUAUAAUUUGUUGGGCAUGGGUAAAAGGAACAAACCUGACUGUACCUUGAAACACAGUGUCAAAGCGGAGUUGAGUCAGAGUCAUCUAUCACUGGUGAAAGCUGAUGUUAAUCCCUUGUGCAGAGCUGCCUCCCAAAUACAAGUGGUUAAUUCAGAUGGAACAAAUGCAUGUUCAUCUAUGAUUCUGGAGCCUGACAAUUCUUCAAAGAAAACUAUUGAUGUCCAGAAGAAUCUGCAUCCUUGUGAUCACCGUGGAUGUACUUUGCUGAACACAGAGGGCUUGCCUUUGAGCGUUGAUGGAGUUCAUGCUGAAAAAACUAACUUUUAUUGUGAGAAAUGUAAUUCUUGUCCAGCUAAAAAGGAAAUGGAGCUACAUUGUCAAAACAAUAGCCACCAUGUGGGAAAUUUUAAGAUAAAUUGUUCUCAGUGUUCAUUUCUUGCUCUAAGUAAUGAAAGCCUUGGGAAACACAUGUGUGAUGAACAUGGUAUGUCCCAUUACUGUGUCACUUGCCACUUGUAUUUUCUCACUGAAGAAGAAGUGGCAACUCAUAACAGAACUGAGAGGCAUAUCGGUUUAUUAUCUCAAAUAAAUACCACUAGGCAAUUUGAUAGUGAUUUGCCCCAACAGACAGCAUCUUGCAUUGAAGUGGAGUCAAGUGUUCUUCAAGAGGCUGAAGAAGUGAAAAUUCAGCAAGAAAUUUCCAAGACUUCUGUGGUAUAUCCUGCUAAUGAGUCCAAGGAAUCUGUUCUGAGCAGAAGCCAGUUUCAGUGUAAAAAAUGUUUUUAUAAAACCAGAUCGUCCUCUGUGCUUACGAGACACAUAAAACUUCGACAUGCUCAGGAAUAUCAUUUCCUCUGCAAAGCAUGCAAUCUCUAUUCACUAAGCAAAGAAGGAAUGGAAAAGCACAUCAAAAGAAGUAAACACCUUGAAAAUGCCAGGAAAAAUAAUAUUGGUUUGCGCUUCGAGGAGUGUAUUGAAAGAGUAUGUGUAGGUGUGAGUGAUGGUAAGAAAGUAACAGAGCCUUCCAUUUAUGGUGGCCCCAAGACUGCAACAGAAAUUGACAGCAUACAUGUCUCUUUCUGUGCACUGGAAAACAAGGAACAUUUUCCAUCGGAUGAAACAAUUAAAGGCAGGGAGUUGGCUCUGAGUACUGUACAAAAGAGAGGAAGGCCUAAAGGCACCAUAUCUCGCACAUGUCCUCACUGUGGUUUGCUGGCUUCCAGUGUUACAAACUUGACUGUUCAUAUUCGGCGAAAGCAUAGCCACCAAUACAGCUAUUUGUGCAAAGUGUGCAAUUAUUACACUGUAACUAAGGGAGACAUGGAGCGCCAUUGUGCUACAAAGAAGCAUAAGAGCCGUUUGGAAAUGAACGGGGGAGAAAAUGUAGAGAUCAUUGUUUUCCCAGAAGGGACUAAUGGUGAACCCAACAGCAAAAAUAUAAAUAGUAUGGUAGGGACUUUGAGUGAUUCUGUUGACCAUGACAAUCUGUCUUCUCACUUGGAAAAUACUAUGUCAGAAAGCCAGGGAGAUGAUCAGGGCAGUGCUAUCCAAAUGCAAGCCGAACAUGUGAUUCAGAUUUCUGAAUUGAAUAGCAAUAGUAAUUCAGAAAUAAAACAUAAUAUGAUUCCCGAACCAGGUAAAGUUACUCAAGACAGAGAUUCAUUGGUUCAAGCAAGACUUGUAGGUGCGAAUGAUAAUAAGUGUGCUCACUGCAACUUUGUUGCACAUUCUUUUUCUUCUCUGGAUGUACAUGUAAAACGCAAGCAUACUAAAGAAUUUGAAUACUAUUGCAUGGCCUGUGACUAUUACGCCGUUACUCGCAGAGAGAUGAUUAGGCAUGCAGCAACAGAGAAGCAUAAAAUUAAAAGGCAAACUUACAUAUGUGGUUCCUCUGAAGAGGAGACGGAUGCAACUGAUAUUGCCAAAGAAAGUGCCACCGUGCCUCAAGAAGAGCAGCAGCCGGCCGAAGAACUUCAGAUCAGAGAAGACGAAAUGAAUCACAGAGAUAGCAUUGCAGAGAAAAUUCUAGACAAUCAAGAGACAUGGCAAAUGAAGAAAUCAUCUAAUUGCAUGGCUUCAAAAGAAAGUGGUACUUCUGAGCUGCGUAGUGAAGGUGAUGCUUUUAAUGCUGUAGAUGUUGAAUCUGAGGAUGCAGAUAUCCAAGACAGAAAAAAUGCAGAAAAUGUUCAAAAAGAUGUAGUUGAUAAAUUUGGUGAGAUCAUCUCACUUAAAGAAACCAUCGAAUGUGUUCUGCAUGAAAAUAUAAAUGAUCAAGAAACGGUUAAGUCAAAAUUUAAUUUUAUAGCAGAAACUGGAAAUACAGAUAUAGCUUUUAAUGAAGUCUCUCUGAGCUUGAACUUGGCUGAAAAUAAGUACAGUUUGGGGGUAGACACUGAAAAAGGACAUGAAUCUUCUGGGACAUCUGUUGAGGACAUAAAAACAGAAGAAGCACAGUUUUCUGUACUUUCGGAUGCAAGUACUACAUUAGAACAGCAAACUAUUGAUGAAAGUAUUGAAAGAACUAUUCAAAAUAUGCAUGAUUUACAGCAACAAAAAAACACCGAGCAAAAUUCUACUCCAGAGGAAGAAGAUACCCUAUUAGAUGCACAACAUGAAACAGAAGUACCUUUAAAUAAUAUUUGGGGUUCAGAUAGGUCUGGAGUUGAAGGUAUUGAAGAAGGUAAUGAGACUUUAGAUUCUUUUGUCAAUCCUGAUAGUAGGGUGAAAGAGGGGAUGGCCGUGCAAAAUUUUGGUCAGUUUGAUUCAUCUAUAGUAAAAUUAAAAAGCCAUGAAGAUGUUUGUGAGCCAACCGAGCAUGUUGCUGAUAGACAGAAUCUGAGCGGACUCAAAGCCUGUGAGAGAGGUGUGAAACUGGAUGCUUCACAUGGUGGUGGAAAGAAGAAGAGAGCUGAAGGACAUCCCCUUGGGGAAUCCACACGUAUUCGCUGUGAUGACUGUGGCUUUUUAGCUGAUGGUUUGAGUGGGCUCAAUGUUCACAUAGCUAUGAAGCAUCCUUCAAAAGAGAAGCACUUCCACUGUUUACUCUGUGGAAAGUCCUUUUACACAGAAAGCAACCUUCACCAGCACCUAGCUAGCGCUGGCCACAUGAGAAACGAACAAGCCAGUGUUGAAGAACUGCCAGAAGGGGGUGCCACCUUUAAAUGUGUUAAAUGUACAGAACCUUUUGAUUCGGAACAGAAUUUAUUUCUUCAUAUUAAAGAACAACAUGAGGAACUGCUCCGAGAAGUCAACAAAUACAUAGUUGAAGAUACUGAGCAAAUCAACCGAGAGAGAGAAGAAAACAAAGGCAAUAUUUGCAAAUACUGUGGAAAGAUGUGUCGAAGCAGUAAUUCGAUGGCCUUCCUAGCUCAUAUUCGCACCCAUACAGGAUCAAAGCCGUUCAAGUGCAAGAUUUGCCACUUUGCAACAGCUCAGCUAGGAGAUGCCAGAAACCAUGUCAAGAGGCACCUUGGGAUGAGGGAAUACAAGUGUCAUGUAUGUGGGGUGGCAUUUGUAAUGAAGAAGCACUUAAAUACUCACUUACUGGGGAAACACGGAGUUGGUACACCGAAAGAAAGGAAAUUUACAUGUCCCUUGUGUGACAGAAGUUUCACAGAGAAGUGGGCAAUGAACAACCAUAUGAAACUUCACACAGGAGAAAAGCCAUACAAGUGCACAUGGCCUACAUGCCAUUAUUCCUUCCUCACAGCAUCAGCCAUGAAAGACCACUAUAGGACUCACACAGGCGAGAAGUCAUUCCUAUGUGACCUUUGUGGCUUUGCUGGCGGGACACGUCAUGCCCUCACCAAGCAUCGGAGGCAGCAUACAGGAGAGAAACCAUUCAAAUGUGAUGAGUGUAACUUUGCCUCUACAACCCAGUCGCAUCUGACACGGCACAAGCGUGUCCAUACUGGAGAAAAACCCUACAGAUGUCCUUGGUGUGACUACAGGUCCAACUGUGCUGAGAAUAUCCGGAAGCAUAUCCUGCAUACUGGCAAACAUGAAGGAGUAAAGAUGUACAAUUGCCCAAAGUGUGAAUAUGGAACCAAUAUACCCGUCGAAUUUCGCAACCACCUGAAAGAACUGCAUCCUGAUAUUGAGAACCCUGACCUAGCUUAUCUGCAUGCUGGUAAGACCAUAUUUCUAGAUGUCGUCAUCAGGCUUUUCCCUCAACAUGGUAUCAAGCAAAUGUUUGUGGGAAAGAGGCACUUUUAG